AUGUUAUUCUCAGCCGUAGAUCUGCGCCUCCUGACUAAGCCCGAUUGCGGACGAUCGUUGCAUCAGCCCCCAGUCGGACAUCAGGAGAAACGAAAACCUGGCUCGAAAGAAUUCUUUCUGCGCAUCCAUGCCACUCCAGUCUCCAUGUUAGUUACCAGUCAGAAUGGUAACUCCAUGUUCUUGGUGAACUAUGCGACUCAAGUCCUAUGUUUCAUCCUUGUGACCCCUUUCGUCUUUCUCCGGGUCUUCGUGCGAUGGAGAUUGAGCGGCAAGCUAGGAAUCGAUGAUGUCUGUUGUUUCAUUGGAUGGCUCGUGUUCAUGGGGUAUUGCGCAAAUGGUCUAAUCUAUGGCUUCAAGGGUGGCACCAAGUCGCCUGCCGACCUGAAGCCACACGAGCUUGAAACCUGCAUCAAGGCAAGGCAAUAA